GUCAGCCACACAGUGUGAUAGAAGGCAGAGUGCACGGGGUUGUGAAGCUUCUAGAUGGGAGUAAUGGUACCUCUUUUUCUUCAAGUCGCAUGGUUCAGUCUAUUGAUGUUUGGAUGUAUGUACACAGGGCUGGAAGCUACUGUUACAGAUGUGUGUGGAGAUGAUGACAAAGACCCUGGAGAAAUAAUAAUAAUCCUACAGAGUUCACCAACGAACACAUUUCACAAACAAAUCGACAUCAGCUCAACAAACUUCAAUUGCCUUCUUUAUCCAACACAUGAAGUUAACUGCUCCUGGGCAUUUCAGUCCCUGGAGAAGACAGCUAACAUCACGACCACUGUUAGCAUUUGCCAUGGUGGCAAAACAGUGCAAACUCUGGAGUCAAAGACAUCCAUCGGAUCAAACAGCAUUCUCUUUGAAAAAAGUGUAACCCAUCUGAUCCUGCAGUUCAACAUUAGUCUGCAUAGCCAAUGGGAUGUUUAUUACUACAAGUAUGAAAGUGAAUCAAUAGAAGUUCUUCCUCCACCUUUAAAUGUCCAAGGAAUAUUUAAAGACAGUGAUUUGUUGAUUACUUGGGACCCCCCAGUUUGUCAGAUACAUUGCGAAGUUGGUAGCUUGGAAUAUGAAUUAUUUAUAAAAGAUCAGGAAAAGCUUAAGUAUGUGAAGUCUCAAUUAUAUUACACUGAGCCCAAUGUGGACCCCACUCAAAGCUACACAGUGACAAUAAGAACCAGAAUCAGGGAGUUUUAUCAUGGGUCCUGUCACUGGAGUGACUGGAGUCAGCCUGUCACAAUAAAAGCAACGUUUCAACUAAAUGCUGAGGUGAUAAUAGCCAUUUCAGUUGGAAUACCCAUGAUCCUCUUGGCUCUACUGCUGGUGGUUUGUCAAAGAUUGUCAAAGCGCCUAUUCCCUCCGAUACCAAGCCCUGCUCCCAGGUACAUGCAUGUUUUGCAGAACAAUGACCAUUUGUUCUGUGACCUGGCUGCUGAUGCGGCCAUAGUAAAUGGAGGUAAUGAGGUCCCCCUCUCCAUCCAUGGUCCACAGAGACAGAAAGCUCAAGUGCUGCAGGAGGUGAAAGUGCACACAACUGGUGAUAUCAAACUGUGA